GGGAGGAAGCAUAACUUAGAGAGAGGCUAAGGGAGACAAACACAGACGGCAAAGCACCACCUUCAAGCAGCUUGUCCUUUAAGUAUGUGGAGAACCAGACCUUUUAGUUUCACCUCGGUGAUCUCAAAAAUAGGAACCUUGUGUUUGCCAAUCCAGUUGGUGCUCUCGGACCCACUCUGUGAAGAAAAUGAAAUGUGUGUAAGCUAUAAAGAUCAAUACACAAGUGGCUGGUAUAUCUGGUUCUUGCUGCUGAUUUUCCUGGUGGCUCUUCUCUGUGGAGUGGUGUUCUUCUGCCUCCAGCACUGGCUUAGGAGACGCCGAACGGAUUCUCCAAGACGCACUCUGGCUGUUUUUGCUGUUGGAGACUUGGACCCUGUGUAUGGGACAGAAGCAGCUGUGAAUCCAACUGUUGGAAUUCACCUUCGCACUCAGAACCCUGAACUGUGUCCUGUCCCAUGUGUUGACAAGUUAGGCCCCCCACCUCCAUAUGAAGGAAUUUUGAAAUCAAGUCAAUUUUAGAUCUGGAUCUGGAUCAUCAACUGAAAAUAUUAGAAAUAUUUUAAAUUCCAAAACAUCCAAAAUUUAGGAACACUUCUUCCAUUUAGUGGAAUUCUCAGAGGCUAAUCAAUAUAGUCUGAAGAAGAUGAAUAGACAAAAGUAUGAAUUCAGGGAAUGAAUUUUGGUGAGGGAGAUGUUUAAUAAAUUAGUGAACUCUCAGUGUAUCACUGCUGUAUAAUAUUUUGUGCUACACAGCCAAGUUAAUGUUUCUCCACUAGCACUUUAAUAUGCAGUAAUUAAUGCAUGGAGUGGUUGCCACUAAGUUUAGGAAUCCACUACAGUACACAAGAUAGCUUUUCAUGCCUCAAUAUCUCUGUUUUAAUCUGACCUCCCCCCUAGUAGGGAGUCAAUAAAAAUUAUCAUAAGUUAACAAUGGAUCAAACAAAGAUUCAGACACAUCUAGACCCAGAACCAGAAAGAGAAUAUUUGAAUUAGGAUGAAGGGAGAGAGUAGGAAGAAGGAACAUUUGGAAUUGAAGGGUAAAGGAUGAAUAAAGAAGAUUAAAGGUUGUUGUAUAUCUCAGUACAAGGAGUUGUUUAUCUCAUCCUGAGGAGGGAGAAAGAGUAGAUAGAUGUGAAGAUUACCUAAACUGGGGCAUGCAUAAGACCACGUGGAGAAUGUGGACAAGAAGGAGAAGAUUCCCAUUUUAGAUAGGUCAAUGUGGCCUCUGGAGUCCACAGGCUUCCUCUGGUGCCUCAAGACUUGGCAUUGCCUGGAGAACCAUGAUAAGAAUCUGUAAAUCCAGGAAGGGGAAAUCCUGGGGCAAAAUGCCUUUGAACCUGAAAUCAGUCAAUGGGAGAAAUAAAGUUUAAAACCCAAUUAUUGCUUACAAGGAGUCAUCCUGCAUCUCUCCUGCUGUGGCAAAAGCAAGUAAGAUUCCCCCCAAU